UUGGUUAAGAAUAUUCGACGUCAUGAUGAAAAGAAGAGCAAAUGAUCUUGGAGUAUCUGGGUUGUMAGAGGAAAAUCUCAACGCCUACAAUAUAAGAAACUCGUGCGAACACCCAAUGUUAACAAGGAUGAGAAGUAGGUACUUCUCAAAUUCCUCUUUUCGCCAAGUCAGAGAAUCGGAGCAAUUUGGUAGUUUUGGGCCACAUUUUGUGCCUAUAAUAACGUACAGGGCAAGCCAAAGCUAUGACUGUGCUACAGUAACAAACAGACAAGAAUAUCGAGACCCUAACAAGAGUCGUAUUACAACUACAAUUAUUCCUACUCCGACUCAAAGCUCUUCCAGACAUUUUUUUCCUAAGACUGUCAGUGCUGUACAAAGUGGGUGUUGCUCCAGUUAUCGUUCAAUUCAACAUGAAGACGGCUUUUCUCCGAGUAACAAGACCACAAAAAUCUUCGUUUUUGAAUCGAGAUGCGAAGACACUAACGAUGACUCUCAAGUUCUAAACUCAGAGGGAAAUACCUCCGAAAUAAUGUCUUUCGCUCAUUCUACGACCGCCUCGGACCCUUGUUCUACGUUUCAAGGUCGAGUGAAAUCAAGGAGAAUGGCGACAUGUGAAGAAAUAGAUAAACUGUUGGCGCCAGUUAAAGUGAACGGAAUGAAAAUGAGCAUCAAUGAAAUGAGACGGGAUCUCAUCCAGUUUCAUUUUAAGAGAGAAUCCUUUUCGUAUUCAAGCGGUGAGCGCUAAAAACUAUUUUCUUGAAGAAAGGCUGUUGUACAAGGCUAAACUCUUGUUAUUCAGAAAGUUUAACUGACUUGUUUGGAAGUGGAGAUGAGCGACGAAAGUGGUAUCAAAGUGUAAACCCAAAGCAAAAAUUUUAUUCCAAAAUGAGGUU